AUGGCAUGGCAGUCAAACCAGAAAGUGGGAACGAAGGGACGAGUGAUGAGACGAGUGAUGACGCUACGGUCACAUAUGGUCCAAGAAUUUCAAGCAAAUGAAACUAAGCAGAAUCAAGCUCCACCCGCACUCGCACAUGACGAUGAUGAUUUCGAGGGAGACUGGGAAGUGCGAUCAGAAUACGGUGCAGAAGAGGCAAGUGAAGAUGUAAAACCAAGAGGAGAAAGUGAUCGCGUUGUUGAAGUGGUGCGUCCGGAGCAACGACUAAAUCCGAGUUAA